CUUUAAAAAAUAUUCACUAUAAAAUAAAUAUAAAAAAAUAAAGAUUUAGACAGGGCCUCUUUGCUUUUUGACACAGAAUUUCUUCAUGUGUGGACCCCACACCAUAACCUUUUCUAUUUAUCCAUCAUCUUCCCUCACAAUCACGCACACUCACAAACAACUCUAGCUACUUAUCUCCCAAAAUUUUCCCAUUAACAUUCCAUUUCCCACACCUAAAUCUAUCAUUUAUAAGAAAUAGAAAAAAAUGGGUAAUUACAAAUUCAGAUUCUCCGACAUGAUCCCCAACGCCUGGUUCCACAAGCUCAAGAACAUGAACAAGCCCACGCCCAACUACACCAAAACCUUAAACCACUCGAAGAAGAAAAUUCCUGCACCGGAAUUCACCAACUCCGACCAGCGCAAGUCUUACUACUUCACUAGGGACCUCACUCUCCAACCGGAUUCCCCGACCAAGCCCCCCACCGCCGCCGAGCCGCCACGGAGGUCGUCGCGGAGGAGGCGGAGCAACAAGCGGAGCCGCGCCCCCCGCCCGCCACCCCGCCUCGUGUCCUCCACCAUCUCUGCCGGCUGCACCUGCGGCGCAGCCGUUGAGUCCGUCUGGGCCAGGACCCAGACGGACUCGUCCUCCCAGGAGGAAUGCACGAACUCUGGCCCCGACCAGAGCUCGUCGUCCGAGCCGGACUCUAUUCUGACAGAGUACGGCUCGGGCCCCGACUCCAGCAUGCUGGUGUCGUGGCCGAGCCCCUGCAUUAAAUGUGGCACCACCACCAACGACAUCGUGAUCGACGUCAUCAGUGGCGUCAAAGGCGGCAGCGGCGGCGCCGAGGAAGAUCAGUGCCGCCGCCUCCCGCGGAUCAUCACGAGGAAGAGCGACGACAUCCCUACCGCCGCCGCCGCCACUAUCAGCCCGGCGAGGCGGAUUCCGGCGAAGCCUCCCGGGAUGAAGCUCCGCGUGAACUCGCCGAGGAUCGUGGGGCGGCGGCGGAGCGUGUCGUCGAAUUCGAGCUCGGCGGCGUCGUCGCGGCGGAGCAUCUCGGAGAGCUUCGCGGUGGUGAAGGCGUCGAAGGAUCCGCGGCGCGAUUUCAGAGAAUCGAUGGUGGAGAUGAUAUUGGAGAACAACAUCAGAGCUUCGAAUGAUCUGGAAGAAUUGCUUGCUUGCUAUCUGUCGCUCAAUUCCGAUGAAUAUCAUGAUCUUAUCAUCAAUGUCUUCAAACAGAUUUGGUUUGACUUUAUUCAUCUCCGCCUCAAGUAAUUAAUUACAAAUUCCCAUUUGUAAAUUUUACUAUUAUAGUAUUUAUUAGGUACAUAUACAUAUUAAAUUAGUUAAUCUUGGUAACUUCAGUCGCGUGAUUGAAGGAUUAUGGAAGGAUUGGAGGAGAACGUGUAUUGUAAAAAGACUCUGACCUCAUUAAUAUAUGAAGUUAAUUAAUUAAUUAAUUAAUUAAUUAAUUAAUUAUUAA